AUGUCUCCUUUUACCAUCGUUUUAAGCAUCACACUGCUGGCUGGUUCCAUACAAGCUGGCGUUAUUGGCGGCCAUUAUGGUGGUCAUUUGAAUGCUGAAUCACAUGACUUUAGUGAGGGUUUAGAAAAGAGUGAAUCCUCUAACUAUGAGUCUUUGGGUUCUUUGGGCGAUCAUUUGCAAGAAUCUCAUUUUCCCUCCGACUAUGGACAUGAGACCAAGGGAAGUGAAUAUGAGGAGUCUGCUGCUGCUGGCAGUGAGCACAUUGAAUAUGGUGGCCAUGAACACUAUCCUCAGUUUGAACAUGAAUCCAUUGGAUCAUUGCAUGACAUACACAGUGAUCUGCAUGACUUCGAUACUAAACCAGUUCCAGGCAUUAACCAUGGCAAAGGCGCCUUGAGCUACAGCACCACAUAUGAAUUCAAAGAUCCUAAACCAUAA